UCUGAUUCCGUUCACUCUAAUCAUGAUCUGUUCUUUUACUUCCAGCCAUGGAAUCAGAUUCGACUGCUCAUCGCAAAUUCAACUUCCCUCCAUUUCCCUCUGCACCGGAGCAUGUUACCAUAGUUCCUUUCAGAGACUUCAAAGAUAAUGGUCUCAAAAUCCAAGAAGAUGACUACGAUGGACCAGAGGUAGAUGCUCUCAAUAUCCCUACUGUAGUCAUCGAAAAAAGACAUGCUGGGGAUGUUUGCAAAACGAGGUCCGAACGAACGAUGAGUGUAGUGGCUCCCCAAGGAGGUAGUCAGAAUGAGGCCCAAAGUUCCGAGUUGCCUCAGCAAAGGACAUGGCUACAUCGAUGGGAAGAUCUAAGCACCAGAAAGAGUUGUGAAAGAUACAAUCGAAAUCAAAAUCGUGCAGAUAGAAUUCAUCAGGCGACACGCGUUUUCAACACCGGCCGUCCCUGGCCCAAGACAGACAAACACGUCAGAGAACAAUGGGAUCAAUUUCAAUUAUAUAUAGGAAUAUUGAAUAUCAUGCCUAUCUGGAAACCGAUACAGGAUUCUAUAGAGCUGGAAGAUGACGCGGAUGUUGAAGAUGAUUUCGAUGAUGACGAAGAUUUGUUCUCACCGGACCCCAAAGAAAUUACGAGAAGAGUCGAGAUGAGUACCGAACGCGGAGAACGAUCUUCUUACCAGAAGAAGAACCCUCGACCUCGACCGCCCUACGAGAAUUAUGACAAGCCUCCUGUUGCGGUUAAAAGUCAGCAGGAGAUUGAUCAGCUUCUACAAGAGUCUCGCGAGCGUAAAGCGGAUCGAUUGAAUGAGUUUUUGAAUAACCCCAAAGAACGCGUCCAAGUGUACCUAUCGAGUUAUAUGAGAAAGCAAGGAUUGCAUUAUGUGGACCGCAACCUAACCCUUAUUCCUUUGCUUAUCCGUUUCUACAUCAACUUUCUCGUCAAGGAGGAAGUUUUCAGCGUUGAAUCCGAACCCGAACUUAUAGCCUCUCUCCAUGAAGCACUGAUUAUCAUCAAUCUCGCCGAAUUCGAACUUCCACUCACUUCUCAGAUAACUAAAAGUCUUCCGUGGAACGAUGUAUUUAGUGGAGGAUGUGAGGAGUUGUUUGAUGUAAGGAGCAAGGAACAGGAAAUGUCAGCUUUAGAGUGGGCUCAAAGAAAUCAGGGACUAUUCUCGGAUGUUGAAAGUGGGGAAAAUGGUGUCAGUUCGACGGCGGCUGCGACAGUUGCAUCUACUCCACCUGCUGAAGAAGCCAAGGAACUUGAGCUGGAAGUAGAUAUUGAUAUUGUUACUCCGACAACGGAGCAAAACUCAGAUGAUGUGCUCGAAACGCCUACCCAACAGAAAAAUGACGCACCAUCUCCUGUCACUACCUCCUCUUCGAGUCCCUGGGGCUCGGAUGAAGGUACCGCUAUGGACAACUCCGAACCCCCUGCGAAUACAUUCGGUUCAUGGAACACAGAUCUCGACAAGGCUGACCCUUCCGCGGCUGGCUGGGGAGGAAUGGAACUUGACGACAUCACGGAAAACCUUUGGGGCGGAGACGAUGCAGACACAUGGGAGAUCCCUCCCCCUCCCACACUCUUUCCCAUUCUUGGACCUACAGCGCUUCCACUUACACAUACGAGUGGUAUUGUGGAAUGGAGUAUGCGUCGAAUCCGAUAUGUUGUUAAUCCUGGGGAUGAUAAUGAUAGCUCCGCUGCUAAUGUCAUUGCGUCGAAAUUUCCAAGCGAUGGUCCUUCAGCGGAUGCUGUGGAAUCCGAUUUCUCUUCCCGCUUGAGUAAGGUCGUGAUGGAACCCUGGCUCGAUUGGGAGACUUCUGGAGAAGAGGGUGAUACGGCGUCCCCUCAGAUCAAAGGCACCUCCAGAGGAAGUGUUAAGGUGUACGAAGAGGGUCAGGGUGUGAUGUAUGAAUAUGACUCUGAUGUACGGUCGAACGCUUUCGCCGCUGCCCCAUCUCCCAAUGGCACUUCCCUUCCUGCUCAUGACCCCCUCAAGCACACGAUCACUCUCCUUGUUGCGCCAGAGACCGCUAAGCUCUUAAGGGUCGGCAUGGGUUUAGGUGCUACAUGGGUGCAGAUUGCGCGCCAGACGGAUUUGAGGAAUGAGCAAGAGGUGAGGGAGACAGAGAUCGAAGGCAGUGGGGGUGAAAGUAUAAGUUCUCCAGAUGGUUCAGGUGACUCUGAUAUUCAUGGAAGAUUUUGGUAUCUUUCUAAUUUGUUGAUUGUCCUUCCGAGCUUUCACAUUGUAUAAGCUGCCUGUGCAAGUUUCGGAGAUCUUGUUUAGUUGUCAUUUGAUACAAUUUACAUACUGUACUUUUGCCCGCAGAUGAUACUUCUUGAAGUGAAGAAUUUCUUCCAUCGCUCACUACAAAAUUCAGCAGAAAUCCUGAUCAGUCUUUUCAUUGCUGUUCAAGUUGGGUCCCGACUCGGAUUGUUGGACUAGUACUUCGUAUGCUCAGCUUUAUUCUGUGCAACUAUUCUUUCCGGCCACCGAAUUCGACUUACUCCCAUUGACUCUCGAUCACCUUAUAUACUCAAUACAUAACUUUAUACUCCCUCAGUUGUUUCUCUUAUUAACUGAGGUGAGAUUACUAAUUUUUCUUUCUUCUAGCUUUACUAAAGUACCAUAGAAGUGGCC